AUGGGCAAUGUAACGUCGAGUGUUGCUGCAAAAUUUGCUUUUUACCCACCAGACCCACCAACAUAUGAUGUACAUAGAGAUGAAGAUGGAAGGCUCAUUUUCAGUGGUCUAACGGCUGACAAAAACGCUAAUGUUCAUCUGUUAGAUACAAAGGGUGGUAAUAAGAUUGUGGCCACGUUUUGGAAGCAUCCUUUUGGAAGGUUGACGCUCUUGUACUCUCAUGGCAACGCUGCUGAUUUGGGUCAAAUGUUAGAGCUAUUCAUUGAGCUCAGAGCUCACCUCCGUGUCAAUAUCAUGAGCUAUGAUUAUUCGGGAUAUGGAGCAUCCACUGGAAAGCCAUCUGAGUUCAACACAUACUAUGACAUAGAGGCUGUCUACAAUUGUUUGAAGAGUGAAUAUGGAAUCAAGCAGGAGGAUGUGAUUUUGUAUGGCCAAUCGGUUGGGAGUGGACCAACACUGCACUUGNAGAGUGAAUAUGGAAUCAAGCAGGAGGAUGUGAUUUUGUAUGGCCAAUCAGUUGGGAGUGGACCAACACUGCACUUGGCUUCUCGUUUACAGAGGUUGAGAGCUGUUGUUCUUCAUAGUGCCAUCCUUUCAGGAAUACGAGUUCUGUAUCCUGUCAAGAUGACAUUCUGGUUUGAUAUUUUCAAAGGAACAAAUGAUGAAAUUGUUGACUGGUCGCAUGGUAAGCGCUUGUGGGAACUUUCCAAGGAGAAAUAUGAUCCAUUAUGGGUCCAGGACGGAGGACAUUGUAACCUUGAAAUGUUUCCCGAGUACAUGAAGCACUUGCAGAAGUUUGUAAAUGCAAUGGAGAAACUCUCCUUCACAAAACGAAGCAAUUCACGCCCUGCAUUGAGUCCAAGUAUAACAGAAUCCAAAAACAAUAAGUGCUUGAGAUUCGGAAAAAGAUAA